UUGAGCGCUUGAUUACGGUGUUGUUGCUAACAUAAACAUUCUGAUACUGAUCGUCGAUCGUCUGCAAAAUGUUAAGAUCUAAAAAAGGAAAAUUUCAGUCUAAACAAUCUUUUCUUAAACAAUUGAAAGCCAAAGAGUCGAAAAGCAAUUCAUUGGUAAGUCACCCCGUUGAUGAGCCAACAAAAGAAGACCACAACUAUGAUGUAAACACUGGAUCGGUGCUCUCGGAUCUCGAACUUGGGGCAAGUUGUACAGUUGACCCAGCACGAGAUGACAGCUGGAAGACGGGUAGACGAAUAGUCGAGCUACACUCCUUAGCCCAACAGAUGUAUUGCAUCUCGUGUGAUUCUCGACUACACCUGAGCGACAUUGAGAGCGAGAGAAGAUAUGGACUAGGUAGCAUACUAUUCAUACGAUGCCAGAACAGUGUGUGCAGUUCACUGAAUGAUGUCAAAACUGGAAAAAGAAACAACGGAACAUUUGACAUCAAUUCCAAACUAGCACUAGCCAUGAUACACACAGGAAUGGGCCCAGUGCAAGUAAACAACCUGCUGGCAACUCUAAAUUUACCACCAGUUGUACCGUCCACUCUCAAGAGAAGGGAACACAAGAUUGACACAACCCUGGAGACCAUUGCAAAAAAAUCAUGUCUUGAUGCUCAAAAGGAAGAAAUUGAAAAGGGAAAUGGAAAGGUAAAAAUGUAUACAUAUACUUUAGGAAAUUAAGCAACUCA